UUUCUUCUCUUUACAGCAUGGGAUUGUUCCUUUGCGACCUACUUGAACUAUCUUUUUUUUUUUUUUGUAUUGGUGCUUGCAAGAGGUCCGGCAGUUUCCCCUGAAAUAUAGGCAAAAUCUGCUUCUUUUUUCCGCUUUAUUUCAUAUAAAUGAACAGCGCUGAGCUAUGCAUCAGAACGAAAAGUGUCAGGCGCGCUAUCUAGAGUUUUUAGCUCCAAAUCAAGAGCAAUAGGCAUGUUCUUACACAAAGAGUUGUGGGAGUGUGGACACCAGCUACCCAGCCACGCUGUCGAAGCCCUUAUCCUCCCUUCUUUAAAGAAACAUCUAGACGAGCUCCAGUAGAGUUCGAUUAGCUACUAUUAACAAAAAAUAGCUAGACAGAUUAAACAGCCGCCUUUUAUAUGCCUUAAUUAUCUUAAUUAUUGCAGGCGAUAGUGCAUGACCGCCGUGGAACGCACGCGUCCACUAACAACAUCUUCCAGCAGCAGCCUUAGUUUUUCCCGGGAGCUCUCCCAUCCAGCACAGCUCGAUGAGCGGAAAUGACGUUGAAGAACAGGAAAAUCAACAGUGUGCAGAAAUGGCGGCGCCCAGGAGCAACGUGGAAGAGAUUCGCGAUCGUGUGAUUCUGGGCGAGUUUGGGGUCCGAAAUGUUCAUACGACAGACUUCCCUGGUAAUUAUCCCGGGUACGAUGAUACCUGGAACCGGAAAAAAUUUGAAGAGAAGUUUAGAAUCGACGUGAUUCGAAUGGAUGAAAAUACGCUGGAGUUCGACAUGGUGGGCAUUGACGCUGCUAUCGCUAAUGCAUUCCGUCGAAUCUUACUAGCAGAGGUUCCCACGAUGGCUAUAGAGAAAGUGUUUGUGUACAACAACACAUCUAUUGUCCAGGAUGAGAUUCUGGCACAUCGACUGGGACUGAUCCCCAUCAAAGCAGACCCUCGUCUUUUUGAGUACCGGAAUGCAGGGGAUGAAGAAGGCACAGAUAUUGACACAAUUCAACUGCAACUAAAGAUCAAGUGCACCAGAAAUCCAAGAGCUAGCAAAGAUUCCUCUGAUCCCAGUGAACUCUACAUUAACCACAUGGUUUACUCGAGGGACAUUAAGUGGACUCCUCUCGGGAACCAGGCAGACCUGUUUGCGGAGGCGGGUAUCAGCCCUGUUCAUGGAGACAUCCUGAUUGCACAGCUGCGGCCCGGCCAGGAGCUGGACAUCGUCAUGCAUUGUGUGAAGGGUGUAGGAAAAGACCAUGCUAAGUUCUCCCCAGUGGCCACAGCCAGCUACCGCCUGCUGCCGGAGAUCACUCUGCUGCAGCCCGUGGAGGGGGAGCUGGCGGAGAAGCUGAAGCGCUGCUUCUCUCCAGGCGUGAUCGAGAUUGAGAGUGAUGGCGGGAAGAAGUUCGCAAAGGUAGCGAACAGCCGGCUGGACACCUGCAGCAGGGAGGUGUUCCGUCACGAUGACCUGAAGAACAUCGUGAAGCUGGGUCGAGUGCGAAACCACUUCAUCUUUUCGGUGGAGUCGACGGGGAUCCUGUCCCACGUCAUCCUGGUGAGCGAAGCCAUCAAGGUCCUCAUGGCCAAGUGUGACAAGUUCCUCUCCGAGCUGGAUUCGGCCGAGGUGGACUGAUGGGCGGAGACGGGCUUGAUGGAGACCCGGAGCGCGGCUCGUUUGAGGCAGCCCGGCUGGGACCUGCUGGAGUGUGAAGGGCAUGGUCUUGAAACGGGCCUCCCAGUAGCCUGUUGCAGGGAGUCAGUCCACCUCAUUAAUCAAUACGGUGCAGCCGAAGCUGUAAAUACCACCACUCCUGAAGCUCGGAAGGGGGCUGAGGGGGUGGAGAGUUAUCUACAUAUUUCUGUUAAUUAAUGCUCAAAAACCACGGUGGUUCUAAAUUAUUUAUUGACGUGCUCCAGAAGUGUGUGCCACAAACCAGGCUCAUCAUCAGAGUGAUGCAGGUUCUCCAGUUCAGAUUUGCAGUCUGUGUUUUUUUUUUUUUUAGUGGGUCACGCAUUUGCUCCAUCAAGUGUGAAGACUGCUGGGGCGUUAUUCCACAAUGUGCACCAAGUGUCAUGUACAUUCAUAUUUUGUGUUGUAUUAAAAGAUGGACUGAAAAGCUCUGGGUAUUUUCAUCUCUAAAUCAUGUUUCCUUCAUCUGUCUUAUAGAGUUCAGAGCACAUGAGAGCACUGUACUUAUUGUCUUGCAGUGAUUAAAAAUGUUUAAUGAUUUCUUUAUAAUAACCUGGUCUGAUUAUUCAAAGCACAGAUAAAUGUACAACGUAUCCUCAUUUUAAACUGUUAGUAUCUUUCAAAACCGGUAAAUGCAGCUUUUUAAAAUGAAAUUAAAGACAGCUAAAGAAA